AUGCAGGAGUUUUGCCUUUCAGACUGGUUGACCAGGUUUCAAACAGGGGACAAAGACAAUUUCCCCGCGGUGGAGAACUCGGCCGGCGAGCUGAACACAACAAUCGAUGUUCUGGCUGUAUCACCGGAGCUCAUUGAUGACAACGAAGAGACGCUAGAGAGUCUGAUUGAUUUAGCACACGGUUUUCGCCACCUUCCUACCCAGCACAAAAUUCAGCUGACGUAUCUCAUAAGCUCUUCUUUGGGCAAUUAUGCGCAAAACAUCGAAUCGAGUUUACUGGGCGGCGCGAGCAAUUCCGAAGUGGUGACCAGCGUGGCUCAAUGGAAACGACAGCUCGAAGAAUACGGGUAUCUGGUUCAUGUUCUACUCUACUUUUUAGAGCAAGAAAUCUCGAGUUCUGCUUCGCAGACAAACGCAGCCAGAGCUAACGGAAGGAGCCAAAAAGUAUCAGAGGAUAAUGCCACUGCCAUUAAAAAAACAUCGGGACAAAUCGAAAAUCUGCUAGAAAGUAUUUUAAAGGUCUUGGGAUUGAACUUGUCGCGAAUUUUUCAGACCACCCCGGAGAGAGAUCUUUACGUCGGCCUGUUCACCAAACCCAUUUACGUUUUGAUAGAAACCGAGCAAAUUCUCAAAAUGCCAGCUAUCAAGCUUUUCAUACUAAGAAUCAUUGGUACAGCUGUCAAGAAUCAUGGCCAAAGCUCAAGCACGCAGAAUGCAAUCCUUACUUCCUUGACUUAUUUUGCCCACCUAAACACCUUCACAGCUGAGUUGCUCCGUACCAUCAACAAUGAUUUUGACUACCCACAGCUUACUGAAGAUAUUUUACGAGAUAUCAGCAAUAAAGAGUUCAACAGUAAGGAUGUCAAAGGGCCAAAAACGAUAGCCACAUUCUUAGUGAAACUUUCCGAGCUUAUACCGCGAAUAGUACUGCGCCAGAUGACCUUGAUCGUCAAGCUACUCAACAACAGCUCUUUUACACUUAGAUGUGCUGUUGUGGAAGCUUGUGGUAAUAUAGUCAUCGAAGUUUCGUCCAAGCGUGAAGAUUUCGAUCUGUACAAACAAUCUGCCGAGGUUCUGAUAGAGUUACUAGAGGAGAGGUUUACUGAUUCAAACCCUUAUGUUAGAACCAAAGCCAUUCAAGGCUGUCUGAAAAUUUGUGAUCUUCCGAUCAAGCUGAAGAGAAAUCGGUCCAACAUGGUUGACCUUGCCGUACGAUCUCUACAAGAUAGGUCUUCUCUUGUUCGAAGGAAUGCGGUAAAGCUUCUUACUAAACUGAUACUUACGCAUCAGUUUGAUGCUCUUCAUGGAUCACAGUUGAAACUUUCACAGUGGCAAAGUCGAUACGAAAGUGCCAAAGCCGUAUAUGCUAACACGUUAGCUGCAGCCGAGGAUAAUAUGGCAGGGUUGGACGAAGUCAUUGAGAGAAGUAUACAUCAGGAUGACGAGUCAUCAAGCGAAGACGAUGAAGCCCAAAUCUCUCGGCUUGAAAGAGAAGCGGAAGGCCUACCAACCACAAACUCUAACGCGGCCUUUAAAAUGAAACUGACUAUUCAAUACUACAAAGACGCCAUAGCAUUCAUUAAGGGUAUCCAUGAGGGUAUACAGAGAUCCUGUCAACUUUUGUUGUCUCGAAAUAGAAAUGAAGUCCUAGAGGUUAUGGAUUUUUUGGUUUUGACGGACGCUUAUGAGGUGGAGAUCAGCUCUCUCGGCGUGCGCAAGAUGCUUCAUCUUGUGUGGAUGAAAGGAACGAACGAUGAAGGUACUAGUAUUGUAUCACAUCUCAUUUCGUGCUACAAUCAACUCUUCCUCACCCAUCCUGAUGGAUCCAACUUUCGAGAAAAGGCUAUCUAUAUUGCCAAAAACCUGAUCAAGUUAACAGAAAACACGUCUGCUGCUGACUUGGCCUCUCUAGAAAAGCUUCUGGGCCUCAUUUACGAAGCAGAGUAUAUCAAUCAGGAUGCCGUAAACGUUCUAUGGGCUAUUUACAACUCAGGCGCCCAGGGUAGCAGUACUAGCGAUACUAAGCAAAUCCGUGGGGCAGUCAUUGUUCUCGGUAUGCUCUCUCUCGCCGAUAAUAACGUCGCAUUGAAAGGCCUCGAUUCACUGCUGGCAGUGGGAUUGGGAGAACCCGGUAGAAAAGAUAUCAUUCUACUAAAGUACUCUUGUGUUGCUCUUCAACGAACUGUCUCUAGAACGGCAAGCACCGUAACCGGAUCUCAUGUGCGGGAAACAGAUGCUGUCAAGAAACUACACGCCAGAAUCAUAGAGUACGUGGAAGACCCGGAAUACUACCCUGCUUGUGAAGAAGCUUUGAAAGCCCUUUUCGUUAUAUCUUUGUCGCCGGACGUUGUGGCCACUGAAAUCGUCCGAGAAAAGACCAUGAUGACAUUUGGCCGAAAUGAAUUUGAAGACCAGUCCAAUCAUACAUCCUCAAGGAUAGUAUCUUUGUCUCAGCUUCUAUUUAUUGUGGGACAUGUUGCAAUCAAUACGACGAUAUACGUCGAGAAAUGUGAAGCUGAAUUUAAGAAACGUAAGAUUGAGGCAGAGAGUAAGAAUUCUUCUUCAAAAGGUGCAGAGCGGCCGGAUCAAGCCGCUGAACGACAACAGGAACUUGAAAUGAUUGGUGGUACUAACGAGGAUGAUUUCACAGAUGCCGUAAAUUUUGUCAAGGAAAGCGAGCUUUUAUUCGGGGAAUCUUCGCUGCUAGCAAGGUUUGGUCCCUUGGUUGAGGAGAUCGUGUCAAACAACGUAAAAUUCGCGGACUGUAUGUUACAAAGAACAGCCGUUCUUUGCUUGGAGAAAUUUAUGUGCGUGUCGUCAAGGUAUUGCGAAAAGAACCUGCCUCUACUAAUCACUAUUCUAGAGAAAUCUCCAGACCCUAUCAUACGUUCUAACGUUAUUUUGGGCCUUGGAGACAUGGCAGUUUGUUUCAAUAAUCUAGUUGAUGAAAACACCGAAUUUCUUUAUCGUCAUUUACACGAUGAUGAUUUGAUGGUUCAAAAAACAUGUUUGAUGACUGUGACGUUUUUGAUUCUUGCCGGUCAAGUCAAGGUCAAGGGUCAGUUGGGACAAAUGGCCCGGUGCCUGGAAAAUCCUGACCAGGGUGUUAGCGACAUGUGCAAACUGUUCUUUACCGAGCUGGCGACUAAAGACAAUGCUAUUUACAAUGGUUUCAUUGACAUAUUCAGUGGCAUGUCGAAGGAUGAAAGUCUUGAGCGGAACUCCUUCAAGAGGAUACUUAAAUUUUUGCUGACCUUUAUCGAUAAGGAGAAGCAUCAAAAGCAGCUGAGUGAAAAGCUAUUAGUGCGUCUGCAGAGAUCAGAAACGCAAAAACAAUGGGAUGACGUUGCCUUUGUGCUAAACAGUAUUCCCUACAAAAGUGAAAAAGCUCUAGCUCUCUUGGCAGAUGGUUUUAAACUCGUAGCGGCUCGGGAAUAG